CGUCGUCCUGACGUAACGGCGGUUGCUGUUGUCAGAAUGUAAGUCUCUCAGCGCAACCUCCGCCACAUCAUCUCGUAUUACGUUCACACACUAUAUAAACCCUUACGUAUUUCCCAGCUCAUACACAAUAACUUUGUCGAUUUACCUGGCACGGUCACUUCAGUUUAUAGUGUAAAGGGAAGACACAAGAGAAUUAUUGGUAAAGAGUCAGAUUUUAUGAAGAACCGUCCGAAGAAGGCGGUUUUUAGUAGGUCCUGGCCUGAACUUCCACCAGUUCCAAAUACUGCACUACUACCAGACAUCACUAUUACCAUUUCGAACAUUGCUACUAUCGUCAAUACCUGUACAACACUCUACUAAAUGAAGCAGCAGUAACACCAGUGGUAUAUGCGUCCAUAAAUAGAAACCUAAAUAAAUCAAGAAGAGAAACUCCUCCUACAUCCCUUCAUUUAUAAACACCGAAAAUGUGUGAUUCGAACACGGAACUGAACUCGUUAAAAGUUAACGGUGGCGUGAGCGAACCGAAUACGCUGAUAGAAAUUCGUCGGCCUGCCUAUAACAUUAUUGGAUUCCGGGAAAAAUUCCGAAAGUCUAAACCACCAGAGAAGACUUUCAAAGAGUGUGUCGCACAGCAAGUACGAAGUUGCACCAGUUGUUCCAAAGAAAGAUGCAAACAAAUCUUAACAGAUACAUUCCCGUUUCUGGGAAUUCUUAAGAAAUACAAUGUGAAGACGGAUUUACCUAACGACCUGGUGUCUGGACUUACAGUGGGUAUCAUGCAGUUACCUCAGGGAAUGGCGUACGCGCUUCUGGCUGAUCUUCCACCCAUUGUUGGUCUCUAUGUGUCAUUUUUCCCUCUCUUAACAUAUUUCUUCUUCGGAACGUCCAGACAUGCAGCAAUGGGUACAGUGGCUGUGGUGAGUUUAAUGAUUGGUUCUGUAGUGUCCAAUAUCGAGUCAUCGGAAUCCUCUACCUCCAGCGGGGCCUUGAAUAUUUCACUGACUUCGGACAUGAACACUACAGAACAAGAAUACUCAGUCAGUUCAGAUGCCUUCGAUGAAGUUGUGAUGAAGAAAAUACAAUUGGCUGCAGCGAUCACGUUCAUGGCUGGAAUAGCCCAAGUGAUAAUGGGGUUUCUCAGAAUGGGCGUGGUUACAACUUACAUGUCUGAAUGUUUGAUUGGUGGAUUUACAACUGGUGCAGCUGUACACGUAUUUUCAAGCCAAGUGAAGUAUGUCUUAGGUCUUAAGAUCAAGCGGUUUGGAGGAGUGUUCCAACUGUUAUUCACUUACAUUGAAAUCUUCAAAAACAUUCACAAGACCAACCUAGUCGAGCUGGGAAUUUCAUGCAUUUGUAUGGUCAUUAUAUAUUUAGUGAAGACCCAGAUAAACCAAAGAUUCAAAGAUCGAUUAAAGAUCCCACUUCCUAUUGAACUUUUCGUGGUCGUCACGGGAACACUUAUAUCACAUUACGUCCGUUUGAAAGAAAAGUUUGGCAUCAGAACCGUCGGCAAAAUACCAGCUGGCCUUCCGCCACCCAAAGUUCCGGAUUUUGUAUCAGCCCAGUCGUACGUCGGUGAUUCCAUUGUUAUCGGAAUCGUUGCCUUUGCCCAGUCUGUUUCCUUGGCCAGUUUAAUGGCGAAGAAACAUAAUUACGAUAUCGACUCGAAUAAGGAAAUGAAAGCCUACGGUUACGGAAACAUCGUUGGCUCCUUCUUUUCGUGUUAUCCAUUUGCUGCAUCGGUAUCUCGUACAUCCGUACAAGACUCGGCUGGAGGAAAGACUCAGGUAGCCAGUCUUUUCUCCUGUGUCCUGGUACUAAUCGUUAUAAUCGUAAUUGGGCCUUUGUUCAGAGACCUUCCAAACUGUACAUUAUCUGCUAUAAUUAUGGUAGCUUUACGAACCAUGCUGCUCCAAGUUCUCGAACUGAAACGGUUAUGGAGGUUGUCCAAGUAUGAUUUUUCAAUCUGGCUGAUAACCUUUCUAUCCGUGGUCAUUCUACACGUGGACUUUGGUCUUGGAAUCGGCAUCGUUUUUUCAGUCUUUACAGUUGUUAUACGGACUCAGAGAACCAAUUUGAAGUUAAUCGGUAAAAUUGAUGAAAGUGAAGUAUUCCGGCCAGAGAGUGAAUAUCAAAUUUCAAAACAAUAUUCAGGAAUAAAGAUUCUCUAUUAUAAUGCUUCGAUUUACUUCGCCAAUGCCGAGAUCUUUGUCAAGCAGGUGCAGGAAACAUCAGGAAUAAACCCAGAGAAAGUUCUAAAGAGACUUAAGAAGGAAAGAAAAUCGCUUCUUGGAAAAGAAGAGAAUAACAAAUCAAACAAUCAGAUGGAUAUUGAAAAAAGAAACGAACAUAAUUUAAAUGUUAACAUUCCGAUAAAUUAUAUAAUUGUUGAUGUCAGCGGCGUGAACUUUGUUGACACGGUUGGAGUAAAAAUUCUGAAAACGAAAAGAGACAAAUAUAUAACUGUUAAAGUUUUGAUUAUGGUAUGCAAUAAUCCUUCGACUAUUGCGGCUGUUACGCUCCAAAACCUCCUGCGAGAGGUGAAAAUCCGCGAAAAUCGUUAUUCUGUAAAUAGCUCCGCAGUUUACGUCAUUGACACGGUUGUCGUUGUUCUUCAGCAAUGA